CUGCAACGAGAAAUUGCACCUCUAAACUGUUCUACUAAAAAUGAUCGCCUUGUGAAUAAAAUAUAAAAAGUUCCUUAGCUAGCUAACGUUAGCUGCUGUUGUUGACAACAACAAAAAUACAUCCGUGUUUCGUGAAGGCAAUGCUCAUGUUUGCUAGCUUUCAGAUUCUAAAACUAUGAAGCCUGUCCGGGGAUCUGAACGCGCCCCAUCCAAGGCGCCUAAAGGCAAAAAGACAGGCGAGAAGCCAAAGAAGCCGGGUGAAAAGACACGUCAACGGAGAGUUUCUCGGGAGGAGCCCCAGCCAGGAACCAGCAGCCAGGUCCCUCAGCCAAAACCACAGAAGAAGAAAGGUGCCGCAGUUGCAGGUCCCAGGAAGGUGAAAGGUCAGGAGAAGUGGAAACCGCUGACCAAGGCCUCCAUUACGGCUCUAGACAACAUACUGGGCCUGUCUAUACUAUCUGUUCUGGCCACGAGACGGACUGAGAAAGAGGAAUCCCAGAAACAUCUGAACAUUCUGAAAAACAGGUUCCUGUCUAAACUGGCUCAGCUGUCAGUCCCAAUCCAGAACCAGGAAAUGAUGAGUCAUGCUUCCCGUCAACACCAGGAAGAGACUAGAAAGGCAGCCGUGGGCAAGAAGAGCCUCAACAAGCUGGCGGCGGAGCUGAGGUCUGUGGUGGCCUCUCUAGAACAGCAGGAGGAGGAGAGAGACUCUCUGGAGCGCCAGUGUUUUAACCUCAGACAACUACUGGACCAGGAGGAGGAGAGGAACCAGCAGAUCCUCCAGUUGUCAGAACAAGGAGUCCUUCGUCUCCCCACUGUGCCUCAGCGUAAAGACAGAACCUUACAGGAGCAGAUGCUGCGUCUGGUUCCUAGCGGAGACUCCAUCACCACGAGACUCCAUCACCUAGCCAAGACCCUCCAGACAUCCGGGCCGGUCCAGGAUGCCAAGAAUCUACUGGACCUUGCCUACAGACACGCUGACCACCUGAUCACUCCGCCUACAGCUGUCAGCCAAUAGCAAGGCUCCAUCCACCCUGGUUCACCAAUAGCAGGACUCCAUUAGCCAUAUAUUUAUAUGACCAUAUAUAUUAGCCAUAUAUUUAAAUGACCAUAUAUUAGCCAUUUUUUUUUAUAUGGCUCUGCAUGGACCACCUGACUUUAAUAGCUACAUAGUUAACAUUGUAUACUGCAUUGGGAGUAGCCCUAUUUGUACAUAUGUAAGUGUUGUCCAUGGUUUCAUCUUUUAGCAGUAGAUGAUAAUGUUCUGCGGAUUAAAAACCUGAAGAAGUC